AAUAUACAUUCUGGCGAGAAUCUAGCUGGGUUGAUGAUGAUGAUGAUCAUGGAAAGACAAGAUAGUUUUAAAGGUGUAAAAGUAAUGGAAAAACAAUCAAGUUUCCAUGGAAUUGGAACCAUGGAUGAGAAGCAUAAGAGUUUCCUAGGUUUAAUAGAGAAACAGAAAAGCUUCAGCAGAUUGAUAAUGGAGAAACAGCUCAGUUUUGGAGGAGAAAGGAAGAGAGGAAAAGACUCACCUGGAAAGAAAGGUGACUCUUUUCUACAUUCAGCCGCAAGAGCCUCAAAUCUAAUUCGUGUUAAAGACAUCAUAAGUAGAUUCGAUUCAAACACAGUUAGAGAUUUGCUAUCUAAACAGAAUCAAGAAGGAGAGACGCCGCUAUAUGUCGCAGCCGAAAACGGCCAUGUUUCUGUCGUGUCCGAAUUCUUGAAACAUUUAGACCUCCAAACUGCAUCCAUUGUAGCCAGAAACGGAUCAGACCCAUUUCAUAUUGCUGCAAAACAAGGCCAUCUUGACGUGUUGAAGGAACUUUUGAGGUGUUUUCCAAACAUGGUGAUGACAACAGAUGCAGCUAACUCAACUGCUCUUCAUACUGCAGCAGCUCAAGGUCAUAUUCAUGUUGUUGAUCUUCUGCUUGAAGCAAAUUCAAAUCUUGCUAAGAUUGCUAGGAAUAAUGGUAAGACUGUUCUUCAUACUGCUGCAAGGAUGGGUUAUUUGGAAGUGGCGAGAUCGAUAUUGAGUAAAGAUCCAAGUAUCGGUCUAAUGACUGAUAAGAAAGGCCAAACCGCUCUCCAUAUGGCUGUCAAAGGCCAAAAUGUUGAAAUUGUACAUGAAUUAGUCAAACCCGAUUCCAAAGUUUUGAUCUUGGAAGAUACCAAAGGAAAUACACCUUUGCAUAUUGCCACUAGAAAAGGCAAAUUUGAGAUUAUACGUGCUUUAGUAUCGGUGAAGGGAGUGAAUGUGAACGCGAUCAACAAGGCUGGAGAGACGCCUCUUGACAUUGCUGAGAAAUUCGGGAAUCAGGAAAUCACGACGGGUAUUAAAGAAGCGGGAGGAGUUAACGGUAAACCUCAAAAUCCGGCAAAGCAAUUAAAGAAAACCGUAAGCGAUAUCAAGCAUGACGUGGAAUCUCAACUCCAACAAACCCGUCAGACCGGUUUCCGAGUUCGUAAGAUCGCUAAAAAGAUAAAGAAGCUUCACACCAGCGGCCUAAACAACGCGAUCAACUCGGCGACGGUUGUGGCAGUUCUAAUAGCGACAGUUGCUUUCGCUGCCAUCUUCACCGUUCCGGGUCAAUAUGUCCAGGAUUUCACUCCCGGUUUCUCGCUCGGGGAGGCACACAUUGCCAAAAAGGCGGCCUUCAUCAUCUUCUUCGUUUCUGACAGUCUGGCUCUGUUCAUAUCCCUAGCCGUGGUCGUGGUUCAGACUUCGGUCGUCGUUAUAGAACACAAGGCGAAGAAACAACUGGUGUUCGUCAUCAACAAGCUGAUGUGGAUGGCUUGUAUAUUCAUAUCCGUAGCCUUCAUUUCCCUCAGUUUCGUCGUGGUUGGAUCGAACGAGACGUGGCUCGCGGUUUACACCACACUCGUCGGCAGCGUUAUUAUGCUGACAACAAUUGGAACAAUGUGCUACUGUGUUGUUCGUCAUAGGAUGGAUGAAUCCAAGAUGAGGAACAUUAGGAGAACAAAUACAUUAUCCCGAUCACUCUCAUUGUCUAGACAGCAAUCUGAUCCUGAUUUGUUGAACGAAGGUUACAAAAAGAUGUACGCAGUGUGAAAAGUCUUGUAAUAUAAA